AAACAGCCAAACGUGCGACCGAGGCGUUUCUCAGCGCUUUUAUUUCAGGAAAAUAAUAACACACCAAGCCAAACGACCUAUUGCUCUCGUUAGACUACUACAGCUGCGAAGCUUUUUUGUGUUGUUUUGCGUCAGAGUUUGGCCCUCGCGACUCCCUCGAGAAUAUCCGACUCUUUCAGUUUUUAGGGAUUGUUCUUGUUUCCAAUAUACACUGUUGAAGUCUUCACGAUUUGUGGACGGGUUUGUCCUCAUUAUAGUCUUGCUGGAACAAUCAUGUCAGCAGUUUUGGCUCACGACAGGACUUGUAUUCGCGUUGAUUUUACAGUGUGUCAAAUUUCUAACUGUCACCUCACAUUCUGCUGUCCAUUGGUGACGUACAGGAGGUGACGAUUUUAAUGCCCACAAAGAGGAACCAGUCAGGAAUGGUUACAAGGGGUACAGGUUCUCAAAAUGAGAGGGGUGAAUCUGAAGUUCAACAAACCCAGCAGCACCAAGCAGCUCCAUACUCUGAGGACUUUCACUUCAUCACCACCACCUUCCAGCACCUGAACACCUCAGGAUGGUACUGGGGUGGUUUGACAGCUGGCGAUGCGAGGGCUGCCCUAAUCGGAGCACCUGAAGGUACUUUCCUCGUGCGGGACAGCAGUCAUCCGCUUUACCUCUUUACCCUCUCUGUACAGACCUGGAGAGGCCCUACUAACAUCCGCAUAGAGUACGACAGCGGCCGAUUCCGUCUGGAUUCCAGUUUUCCAGCUCGGUCCUGCCUGCUGUCCUUUUCUGCUCUUCCUAGUCUCGUGCACCACUAUUCAUCCGCACGUCCCGAAGAGGAGAAAAAAGCAGAGGACCACCAUCAUAUGGUGGCAAAGGACACUGGGAUACUACUGAAGCUCAGAAAGCCUCUUCACAGGCCUCAAGCCUUUCCCACAUUACAGCACCUCACUCGACUCACUAUAAACAGACACACUGACUGCCAUACAAAACUGCCUCUGCCACGACCACUGCUGCUUUACUUGCAGGAGUAUCCCUUUCAGGUGUGAAGAUACUCACUAAGAGGACAUUUUGAGCAAUUUGAGGGUUAUUUUUGUAUUUUUUUGAAAGAUUUACUUACCAUCAAGUUGCAAAAAUUGCAGCAGGAUUAUGAGUCUUACUAUUGCCAUAAGAUAAGAUGUAUUCCUGAUUGCAUUUGCACAAAUAAACAAGGACUAAUUUAUGCAGAUUCAAAAAAAAAAAAAAAAAAUGUUUGUACAUAUUUUUGUUUUUUUACCUUUUUUUGUCAAGCAGAGGGUUUCUUUCUGUGCUUCGUGGAGCUCUGCAUACACAAUACUAUAACACUGAAAAAAAUAAAUAAAUACAAAAGCACAACAUUAA